AUGGCCGACUCAGUCCUUCCUGAGCCGACAGCGCUCCCUGCGCUCUCCGAUGCGCCCCCAUCUAGUGCCGGUCGCGAGUCCGGCCACUCGGGGGCCCUCGACCAACACCCACCGCAACCGCAACCGCAACCCCAAGCGGCCAUAUCCGAUGAAUUGAAAGCUCGCUUGGACAAAGUCGUGAACUCAGAGAUCGGCAUCACCACCCUCCUCACUCGUCUGAAACAAAGCGUGGCCUCCGCCCAGGACUUUUCCAGCUUUCUCAAAAAGCGAGGCUCUCUGGAAGACGAGCACGCUCAGGGGCUGCGCAAACUGUCCCGCGCCGUGAACGAAGCCGCGCAACGCAAUGACAACCGCCAGGGCACGUACAGCUCCAGCUACAAAGAUAUCCACCGCCUGCAUGAGCGCAUGGCCGAUCAUGGACUCCAAUUCGCCGUAUCACUGCAGCAGAUGGCAGACGAUCUGCGCGAGCUCUCAGCCAACAUCGAGCGUGGCCGUAAACAGUGGAAACAAACUGGACUCGCUGCGGAGAAGAAGGUUACCGACGCCGAGUCUCAGGCCGAGAAAGCCAAGGCCAAAUAUGAGUCCUUAGCAGAGCAAUUGGACCGUGUCCGCACUGGCGAAAAAUCCGGUGGCAAGUUCGGACUGAAGGGUCACAAGUCUGGCGCGCAGCAUGAGGAGGAGCUUACGCGCAAGGUUGAAACUGCCGAUGGUGACUACAAGACCAAGGUUCAGGCGGCGCAGGCGGCGCGUCGGGAAUUGCUGACCAUGCACCGCCCGCAGACGGUGCUUAAUCUACAACAGCUCAUCGCUGAGUGCGACUCGGGAUUGACGUUGCAACAGCAGAAGUUCGCUACUUUCAAUGAGAAGCUCCUGCUGGGACAGGGAUUGUGCGUUAGCCCGAUGAAGACGGACGGCGCGAGCUCGAUUGCACCCAAGAGUCUUGCGGAGGUUGUCCGUCAGGUUGACAACGAGAAGGACCUUCACGAAUACAUUCUGAGCCACGAGGGAAAUGAAGGUGCCGUGGCUGGCGAUGAAGUCAAAUAUGAACCCCACCCUACACUUGGUGGUGGAGCUAGUACAUCCUCACAGCCCAGCACUCUGAACAAGCGUCAAUCUGUUCUACCUCAGUCAUUCGCCACUGCGAAUACCUCUUCUCCUGCGACCCAACCCCCUCAGAGCAGCACCGAUCGAUUCCAGCCGCCUUCAUACCAGGCCCAACCAGAACCUGCAUCGGCACCACCAAACCAGCCUCCAUACCCAGCCUCAGGACCCCCGCCUCAGCAACCUCCCUCGCAAGUGGUGGUGCCAAUGGCCGGACCCCCUCCAAUGGAAAAGGGUGGCUACCAAACAAAUCUGCCUCCUCUGAAGCCGGUCUUCGGAGUAUCCCUCGAGGACCUGUACGCUCGGGAUGGAACCGCCGUGCCUUUCCUCGUCUACCAAUGUUUCCAGGCUGUCGAACUGUUUGGACUGGAUAUGGAGGGUAUCUAUCGACUAUCCGGUAGCGCCAACCAUAUUAGUCACAUGAAGGCAGUGUUUGACAAUGACUCGUCUCAAGUCGAUUUCACAAACCCGGAGAACUUCUACCACGAUGUCAACAGUGUCGCUGGGCUCGCGAAGCAGUUCUUCCGAGAUCUCCCGGAUCCUCUGUUCACCUCACAGUUUUAUACCCAAUUUGUCGAUGCUGCGCGCAUUGAUGACGAUAUCCAACGCCGGGACUCACUCCAUGCUCUUAUCAACAGCCUACCCGAUGCACACUACGCUACCCUUCGCGCAAUCAUCCUGCACCUGAACAAGGUCCAAGAACACUACACCCAGAACCGAAUGAACGCAGGCAACCUGGCUAUCUGCUUCGGACCAACCCUCAUGGGCGCCAACUCGGGUGGAAAUAUCGCCGACGCAGGCUGGCAAGUCCGCGUCAUUGAAACGAUACUGAAUAACACCUUCCAAAUCUUCGACGACGACUAG